ACUCUUGUUUUGUUCCACCAGCAACUUCCCAAUCUUCUCAGGGCACUGAUCCAUGAGACGUCAGUGGAAACUCUCAUUGCAAACAUAGGAACCAAAAAAACUCUUGUUUUGUUCCACCAGCAACUUCCCAAUCUUCUCAGGGCACUGAUCCAUGAGACGUCAGUGGAAACUCUCAUUGCAAACAUAGGAACCAAAAAAUCUUGUUUUGUUCCACCAGCAACUUCCCAAUCUUCUCAGGGUACUGAUCCAUGAGACGUUAGUGGAAACUCUCAUUGCAAACAAAGGUCACUGUGCUUAUCAUGAUUAAACACUAACAACCCAGAACAAAAUGGUGCCAUUUCAAGUUUUUGAACAUAGGAAAGUAGUUCAAUACAAUUGUAAUGUUUAGGUUUAUGAAAAGCACUUUAUGUGUCACAUAUAGAAUAUUAUAUAAAUAAAAUAUAAACUCAUACAUGAAUUACUGUUGUAUAUUUUGAAUUUGUAAGUGUUUUUUUAGAGGAAUAUGACCUUUUACUUAAUUAAUAAUAUGUAAAGGGUUUUAGGAUGUAAAGGGUAUUAGGGAUAAUUUUAUAUAGGGAUAGUUUUAUUUUAGGGAUAGAUUUAUCAUUUUUUUAAAUUUAAAUUCAAGUUUAGUUUAGAAAAAAGUCAUGGGAGCCUGCUAUCAAAAAAUUUUCAUUUUGCCUUCAAAGUUGUCCUCCCCUAAACAGUAUUGAGGAUCUAUAGAGAGGAAUCCUAUUUUAUAAUGCAUGGGCUACUUGAAACAAGUUAUAGGAAGUUGAUUGAAAUCCUAUAUAAAAAUUUUUCAUUUUACCUUCAAAGUUGUCCUCCCCUAAACAGUAUUGAGGAUCUAUAGAGAGGAAUCCUAUUUUAUAAUGCAUGGGCUACUUGAAACAAGUUAUAGGAAGUUGAUUGAAAUCCUAUAUAAAAAUUUUUCAUUUUACCUUCAAAGUUGUCCUCCCCUAAACAGUAUUGAGGAUCUAUAGAGAGGAAUCCUAUUUUAUAAUGCAUGGGCUACUUGAAACAAGUUAUAGGAAGUUGAUUGAAAUCCUAUAUAAAAAUUUUUCAUUUUACCUUCAAAGUUGUCCUCCCCUAAACAGUAUUGAGGAUCUAUAGAGAGGAAUCCUAUUUUAUAAUGCAUGGGCUACUUGAAACAAGUUAUAGGAAGUUGAUUGAAAUCCUAUAUAAAAAUUUUUCAUUUUACCUUCAAAGUUGUCCUCCCCUAAACAGUAUUGAGGAUCUAUAGAGAGGAAUCCUAUUUUAUAAUGCAUGGGCUACUUGAAACAAGUUGUAGGAAGUUGAUUGAAAUCCUGUAUAAAAAUCACUUCUUUCUCAAAAAUUAAUUUAUAAUUUUUAAUCGAUGCAAAGUCAACAAUCAGCAAUUCAGUUUCAUGAAAUUGUUUGAAUUUAUGAUGUAUUAACACAGUUAAGUUUUACAUGCAUACUUCUUUUUACACAUUAUAAAAAGAAUUUCUCUAUGUGUAUAAAACUUGUAUUAGUUAUGUUAUGCGAUUUUAUAGUUUUGAAUUGCAUAAGAGGGUAAGGGAUAUGAGUCUUGAAUGUUUUAUUGUGAGCAACUUACUAAUUACAUCGAAAUCAAAAGUGUUAUAAGUUUACAAUCAGACUCAUAUUUUUCAGAAAUUUCCUAAGGUGUAUUCCAACAUCAGUUGCAAUCUGUUAAUAUUAAACUAAUUUUACUUACUGUGUGUACCUCACUUCAUCGGAAAGAUUCUCAAUGUCUCUUUUUAUUCAGCUCACAAAUUGAAGUGUGAUUUGAUGAAAAAAAAGUGAGGUCCCAUCCCCGAUGUGAGGCCGCCCGUUUACGAGGUAAAUAUAUUUGAACCUCUUGAAGCUUAUUUCUCUAGUUGAUUUGCGACCUCCAAACUGUUAAAUGCUUGCUGAUGAAGCUAUACUUAGAUUGGUUUGCUUAUCUAUCUAUUUGUACAGCCACCUAAAUCUAAACAUGAUUUCUCUUUCCUUUCAUACUUCUCAAGGUUCUGAUGUAAUGUAUGGUUUCUUCAAUUUCCUGUCUUGAUUUUGCUACUUUACCAUGAGAUUUUUGAAAUAACCAGUUACUUUAGAGAUAAAAAUGUUAAAUUUAUAAGCAGUACUUUAUUCUAUGUUUGUCUGUUCAUUUUUUGCAAUACGUUUCUUUUAAAGUAUUUAGUUGAAAAGUAAUUGAAGUAAACUUAUUAGAUGUACUUUUUCAGAGUAUAUGCUUUUAUACUACAAACCAGUUUAUUCACAAACAAUGUAAAAGUAUCCAAAAAAAUAUAGUUUUUUGUAUUGUAUUUCCUGUGUACAACAGGAAUUUGUGUAUUAUAAAUGGUUUAAAACGAUCUAAAUUGUGUGUUUUGGUAUUAAAUUUAUGUUUAUUCUUGAAAAGCGUUUCCUUUAUAUGGUUAAUGUGACAGGAGUUACCUUGAUUAUUAAUGAAAUUAGAGAACAUAUAUUUAAACUGAGUUUUCUUUAAUAGUUAUGAUGGAGGUAUUAAUGUUUUAUGAUAAUUAGAGAGAUGUUGUACGAAGACUGAAUCCAGCAUGUAGUAAUUGUACAUACAAAUGUAACAUAAAAUAUACUUAUUUAGUUUGUUUAUUUUAGGUAGUAAACUUUUUUAAUAUUACAGUAGUAGUAAUACAGACAGUAAUACAGUAGUAGUUAAGAAGACUUCACUUCAAAUUAAAGUACCGUAGUUGGAAUGAAAUUAAUAAAAAUUAAUUAAAUUAAAUUAAUAAGUCAGAUUUUUUUCCUUGACAGUGAUUUUCUGUAAGAUUAUGUAUAUUUCAGAAAUAAAAAAAAGAAUCUGCAGAGUUUAUGAUAUGCUUCAGAAAACUUCAGGAUUCAGAAUUAGUAACUACUCAUGCCUCCUCUAAUUUAACAACUAUAAUGUAUUGAAAAUACUUUAAUUCUGAAAAUUUGGUUAAAGAUCCAGUUAGCAUUGGUUAGUUGAUGUGGCGGAGAGAAGUUUCUGUGAGGCUGCGAUAACUAUUCCGAAUGCUUACAGCUUACAGUAACGUCAAGUUCCAGCAGCGGCUGGCGAUGGAGCUGCUGUCGAUGCGGCUGAAGGUGGGGGCCUGGCAAUGGGAGGCGGGGUCAGGGGUAGUGGCGGGCGUCGGCGAGGAGGAAGCGGGUAAGCCCUUGGCUCCCUACACGUGCCCCGACUGUGGCAAGAGCUACAUGUGGAAGCAGGGGCUCAACACACACAAGCGACUACACUGUGGGAAAGAGCCGAGGUUCCAGUGUCCACACUGUCCCAAACGUUGCUACCAGCGUGGCAACCUCGAUAGUCACAUCAGGAAUGUACACUCCAAUCUGGUACAGUACAGUAACGAAUUUCUUAGUAACAAGGAAGAGUUGGGUAAUACCACUGGAGGACUACAACACUAGGCAACAUGUUCCAGCGACUGCUCCCGAUAUACAAUAUACGUAUAUACAGUGCUUUAUGUUAGUGGUUAUUAUUAGAUAGUAUUAUGUAAUACUUGCUCUCAUUUAGCUUAUGGUAUUCAACUUCAUUUCUGACAUGAAUAAAACUACUCUAUAUAGGAAUUGAAACAUAUUCUGAAAACAACGUUUUUGGGAAGAAAUACAAAUAACAUGGGACUUAUCAAUGUUGUUUCUAUUUACUUAAAAUAUCUACUAGAUCAACAAAAUUGAUACGUUUUCACGAUUCAAUAACAUACCUAGUUAAAUUUGUAUAACCUUUUAUACGGUUUUGAAAUUUAUUAUUUACACUGCCAAUUUCACUGCCUUAAAAAAACUUAUUUAUAGUCAUAAUUAAGUAGUUUUGUGUUAUUUUAAAUUUCGUUGUGUUCCUUAAUGUGUAGCUGUACAACAACUUCAUGUGUAAAUGUACUUAUAUUUAAGAUUUUAUAAAAUAAUUUUAUAUUAUGAGCUUUAUUAUGUGUUGUUGUUUUAUAAUUUGAGCUUUAACUUAUAGUAUUAUUAUUUAUUUAUUUUUUUAUUUACUUACAAACUCAAAAUCUUAACCGUCUUCUAUAGUAUAGAAGCAGUGAAAGCAAAAGAGCAUGCCUAAGCACCUAUUUGAAAUAACUUCAUUAUUAAUUUCAUAGUAUUAUCUCUCUGGGCUUUUAAACUGUAUUAUUUAUUUUAAAAUCUUUAUAAUGUAGUAUACUUUCAUAAAGACUUUAUAACAAAAAACUAGUUUGCUGUAAUGAUCUUAUAUUUUUAUUUUUUUAUUUUAAAAAGUGUAUUGAUUAAUUCAAACUUUUUCUAAGCAUCUCAUUAUAAAGUCGUAUUCUGUUGUUCUUUCAGCUUUUUGGGUACCUUGACUUUUGUCAGAGUACAGACUUAUUGUUAGUAAAUAGACUAGAACUCACGCGAUGGGUAUGUUGUCAGACACUCACGGUAAUGCUUCAAUAUUGAUUAUGGUAUAAUAAAGUUUAGCUGCUAUUUUUAUAUCUACUUUUUGGUUAUUAUUUUUUAAUUUAUGGAUUUUUAUGGGUAUUAAAUUAGGAAUAUGAACUUGCAAAUGUAAUCAGAAUUGACAGUCAUUUUCAGAAGAGUUUAAGGUUCCUCUGUUGAUUUCAUCUUCCAGAUGACUGAUGGAUCAUUAUAUCUCCUCUUCACCCUUCUUUCCUUGAUCAUGUCCAUCAUGCCAUGUCUUCCAGAAUAGAGAAAUACUUGUAGUAGACACAACUAAUAGCCAGCUGUCAGGAGAAAUGUAAAGCUAAGUAACAACGGUCGAAUUACACAGAAAGAUAUCAUUUUGCUAAUAACUUGGAAGACUUGAUAUUGCGGAUUAUAGAUUUUCCCUUCUCUUCAAUUGUAUUCUAUUAAUAACAAAGUAGCAUGACAUCUUCACUUUCACCCCUCUAGGUAAACACAGGCUGCUAGAUCACUGUUAUUGAUACAUUGUUACAGUCUGAGUUGAAAAGAAAGAAUACAUGCUCAUUUUGACACAGAGGAUCCAUCUUAGUAUUUAUUUGAUUUUAAAUAUCUCAACCAUUAUAGUCAAUCUUGAAAGUAUUAAUAUGUUUAGGUUGCUGUUUACGACUAAUUAUUUUCCAUUCUCUUAGGGCAUUAAUGAUUUAUUUAAAAUUUGUUUGUUUAUUCUUCAAAUUUAAGUUAGCAACUUUAAAUCUCUUCGACCUUUACUGUGUUGUCAGUGACUAAUAACUCAACAAUUUCUCUAUGGUUUAAAAAUGUUAUCUCCUCGUCCUUCAAUAAAAGUCUGUUAGGGAGGAAGAAAUCACAUCUAGAACUGCUCUCUUCCCAGCAAUUCUAAGAACACUAAAUCCCACAUUCUAUAGAAAGGAUGUAGAUUCUGACAAGUUCAUGAAAUCAUCAAAAUUCAGAUUGCAUACAACAGGUGGGUCAGCAGUCUUGUUUUCUAUUACUGUAUCGCAAAACUCUCCUUUUACUCCUUCUUAGAUUUGGAGAAUUGUCUCCACUAAAUUUGUUGCAGUUAGGACAUAGAAAACUUGAAUACCGUGGGGAGUUGCCAAUGUUUUCCAAUCCUUCAACUGGAUGUAUCGGCCAAUAAGUAGGCUCAUAUAAUAUAAUGUAUAAUAUAAAUCAUUCUACAGUCUCAUAAAAAAAUUCAGUGUUUAUUUUUGAUAUAUUAAAAUUAUUACACAGGCUGUAAAAAGUAAGAUAAGCUUUUAUUUCAUGCUUCAUAGAAAACAAUUUUUAAUUGAUAUUUGAAACCUAGGUAUUGCUUCCUUAUAUUAUAUCUGAUAAUCACGGUAUGUUACAUUAAUGUGGUGGUAUUGCUAUCAUUUCCAUUUGAUAGUUCUGUUUUUCUUUCUCUUUAUGGUAAUUUAUUAAUUAUUUUAGGAUUUUUAUAUUAUUGUCAUAACUUAGUUUAUUUAAUUAGUGUUAUGUUUUCUUGACUGAUCAACAAUGGUGAGAAUCAGUAUACGAUUUAAUUUAUUUUAGCCAAAUAUUAUUGCUGAACUGUGUUUGAUCUGAUAGUUGUCUAAAGACAUGUAGUAUUCAUUUUUAACAUGUUCUGCUUAGCAUAUUCUCUCUCAAAUUGAUAUUAUUGACUUUGUUAUUUUAAUUUAUUUUGUCGUACAGUUAUACUCUCCAUGGGGUGUAUAUUUGUUUUUGUGCAAUAACAUGACAUACUAAGAUUUAUUACAAACUUUGAUUCCUGUUUAAUAUUAAGUUUAGAUUUAAGUUAAUAAUGGGGCUUAAGAUCUCUUAAAGCGAAAUGCUUUGAUUUACAUAUAAAAUGUGCAUUUUAGUCUACAGGGAUAGUCAGAGGGUUUUAAUACAUUAAAACAGGGUUUUUUAUAUUUUUUGGGCUUUCUUUGAGGUUAUCUCAAGAUAUCUUUAAUUAUUUCAUAUCAUAUACGGAAAAAGAACAAAACCAAAGAGUAAAGUAGUUGAAUAAUUUCAUUGAUUUAUAGGUUAUGGUUAGAUUAUACUCGAUCAAUUUAGAAAGGUAUUGUGUAAUUAUUAUUCAGUUUUAAGUUAAAUAUUUUGAAAUGGUUGGUACAAUAUAUUGUUCUUAUUUGUGUAUUUGAAAACACUAUUAUUUUCUAUGCAGCACACUUGAUUCUUGUUACGUUUGAAUAUGCAAUCAUACCAUUUUUUACAAACAUCAAAUAACUUGUCAAGAAUUGCUUAAAAUGUUUAAACUGAUAAUUUUAUUAUUUUCUAUGCAGCACACUUGAUUCUUGUUACGUUUCAAUAUGCAAUCAUACCAUUUUUUACAAACAUCAAAUAACUUGUCAAGAAUUGCUUAAAAUGUUUAAACUGAUAAUUUUAUUAUUUUAUAUGCAGCACACUUGAUUCUUGUUACGUUUCAAUAUGCAAUCAUACCAUUUUUUACAAACAUCAAAUAACUUGUCAAGAAUUGCUUAAAAUGUUUAAACUGAUAAUUUUAUUAUUUUCUAUGCAGCACACUUGAUUCUUGUUACGUUUCAAUAUGCAAUCAUACCAUUUUUUACAAACAUCAAAUAACUUGUCAAGAAUUGCUUAAAAUGUUUAAACUGAUAAUUUUAUUAUUUUCUAUGCAGCACACUUGAUUCUUGUUACGUUUCAAUAUGCAAUCAUACCAUUUUUUACAAACAUCAAAUAACUUGUCAAGAAUUGCUUAAAAUGUUUAAACUGAUAAUUUUAUUAUUUUCUAUGCAGCACACUUGAUUCUAGUUACGUUUCAAUAUGCAAUCAUACCAUUUUUUACAAACAUCAAAUAACUUGUCAAGAAUUGCUUAAAAUGUUUAAACUGAUAAUUUUAUUAUUUUCUAUGCAGCACACUUGAUUCUUGUUACGUUUCAAUAUGCAAUCAUACCAUUUUUUACAAACAUCAAAUAACUUGUCAAGAAUUGCUUAAAAUGUUUAAACUGAUAAUUUUAUUAUUUUAUAUGCAGCACACUUGAUUCUUGUUACGUUUCAAUAUGCAAUCAUACCAUUUUUUACAAACAUCAAAUAACUUGUCAAGAAUUGCUUAAAAUGUUUAAACUGAUAAUUUUAUUAUUUUAUAUGCAGCACACUUGAUUCUUGUUACGUUUCAAUAUGCAAUCAUACCAUUUUUUACAAACAUCAAAUAACUUGUCAAGAAUUGCUUAAAAUGUUUAAACUGAUAAUUUUAUUAUUUUCUAUGCAGCACACUUGAUUCUUGUUACGUUUGAAUAUGCAAUCAUACCAUUUUUUACAAACAUCAAAUAACUUGUCAAGAAUUGCUUAAAAUGUUUAAACUGAUAAUUUUAUUAUUUUAUAUGCAGCACACUUGAUUCUUGUUACGUUUCAAUAUGCAAUCAUACCAUUUUUACAAACAUCAAAUAACUUGUCAAGAAUUGCUUAAAAUGUUUAAACUGAUAAUUUUAUUAUUUUCUAUGCAGCACACUUGAUUCUUGUUACGUUUCAAUAUGCAAUCAUACCAUUUUU